CGCUCAAACAAAGAAAUCGUCUUUCGAAAUAAAGUAUUCAUCGCCUAGAAUCUGAAAACUGUGUUUACAGUUUGCGACCUGGGCAUUAAAUUAAUCAUUCUGUUACAGGAUUUGAGUUUAGAUUUGAUUGGAUACUCGGCCUUUCCCGCUUUACAAGAAUUUCUUCUUUAUGCUUUUCUGAAUCUUACUCAAGUAAAUGGAACCUCACACAAUUCUUAUAACAACAUUACUCGCAGGAGCUGUACUAUUCACCCUUGGAAAUUUAGAAUACUUCCAGAAAGUUGAGAUCAGCAGAGAUGGUUGGGGUGAAACCAACAACAGUCACAGAAGUACAGCUGUCCUGUCCGGAGACUCAAAAGUUGAUAUCAACGAAUUUCUUAUUGGUGUCAUAGAAAAUUUCAGAGAAGACAUGCUGACUGGUAUUCCCGAACUUAAGGUACCAAUUCUAGACCCUUUUAAAGCAAAAAAACCAUUAAAAGUAGAUGUGGAAGACAGUAAAGCUAGUGUCCAUGGAAACUUUACAAACGUACUUGUAGAAGGUUUGUCUGGAUUUGUUCUCGAUUACCUACGUGCAGACCUUCAGAAUCUCUCCCUCCGAUUCAAUCUUACAAUUCCAUGGAUUAAAGCUGUUGGCAAUUACUCGCUAAAUGGGAAGAUAAUAAAGAUAAUUCCGCUGCGGGGAGAGGGAGAAUUUUGGGUAGAAUCUUUCAACUUGAGUGUUGCUGCCAAAGCUUCCAUAGACAACAGCGACGAGAACCAUUUACAACUUUCAAAGGACUUUGAUGUAGAAAUGGAUUUUGACAAAGUCCAAAUGCAUCUGGAUAACUUUUUAGGAGGAGGCCGAUGGACAGAAGUUUUGUUGAAGAUUCUUAACGACAUAAGUAAAGAUCUUUUCAGGAAAUUCCUUCCUCUGCUAAAGGGCGAGCUGAAUAAGUCUCUUCUGAAAGUGAUCAACAAGCAUCUCAUGAAAUUGCCAAUCACGUCCAUCAUGCCAGGCUCCAACGCCGACGAGUAUAUAGACCAGAUCCUUCUCAACGUCAGAAACUACAUCCGGGACAAUAAUUUGGACCCAAUGGCGUUGCCAGAUUACGUAUCCAAUUUCACAAAGGAGGUGAUGUUUGUCACAGUCACAGGGGAAGCUAAGAUGUAUGAUGGCUGGCUCUGGGGAAUAUCAUCUAUACACAGGACAGAUGAGUGUGAUUUCAAUUCAAAUAGAACUUUUAUAUCAGUCUCAGCGCAUCUAGGACUCAAUGACCUACGUCUGUCUUACAAAGGUCAUGCUAAGUUCAUGUCUUGGGGCCCAAGUAUCAUAGCUGGAGGCAAUAUCAAGAAGGUGGCAUUCUAUUUUCAGAUUGAGCAACUGAACAAGAGAGGAGCGAAACCUCACUUAAAAGAAUUCGAUAUAGUUGAAAUGUCCACUAUCUGGGUGGAGAUGUCUGGCCUCGGCCCUUUGACUUGGAUCAUGAAGUGGCUUGUAACUGGAAUUUCCAAGCUGAUGGAAGAUUUCAUAGUAGAAAAAGUUACUCUUUACAUUCGAGAAUAUAUGGAGAAUGAGUUCCAAAAGUUGUCCUUCCCUGUAUAGUAUUGAUCUUAUGCAAAUAAUUUUGAUAAUAAUGUAUUUAUUUAUUCAUGUUUAAUUUAUUUACUAACCAAAACAAUAGCUGCAUUGCAAGAAAUCUGAAGUUAAAAACUAAAGAGUACUUCAAGAAAAUUAAUUCUGAGAUGCCGAAAUGGAAAUCUGCCACUUGAACUAAAAUUACUAGUUUAAGUAAAUAGUGGAAAACUGCAAAAUGAAAAUAAUAAAAUUUACAGAUUAAAAAAAACCCUGGAAUUUCAAAAAUAUUUUUAUAAAGUUUAAAUGAAUUUAAAUGGAAAAAAAAUUUAAAUUCAACAAACUAAUGGGAACUAAUUUCCGUAAAUUGAUGUUCAAGCAAACUAAUGUUCAGAAGUUAAUAUAUAAUAUACUUACUAUAUCAAAGAAAAUUUAAUUUUUAAUUUUUUUACUGCAGAAUACCAAUAUAAGAUAUAAAAAGUUUUAAAGGAUCAAUAUUUUAUGCGUAAUUAGAGAACAGUAUUGAUGCGUUUUAAAAUAACGAUACUAAUACGAGUAUCUCUGCAAUACUUCUCAGCAUUACCAAGUUCAUUGUUCCUAUAUGUUUUGUAAUCACUCCCCUCCAAACUAUAGAAUACUUUAUUGUCAGCUUACCUUUUUGUAGCAAAAUAAAACUUCUGUUAAAUCUUCUAAAUAAUUUAAGAUAAAUAUUUCCCCACACGUACCAUAUACACAAACGACACCUGUACGUAAUUUUUUAAAUCUUUGUUAGUACUUAUUUUACCGACUUUUGUUUUGCUUUUAUUUGAAAAGAGAUGAAAACUGUGGAAAUUGUUUGAUACCGUUAAAUGCAUUGGAAACCUUCAUAAAUAUUUUAUCAAGUUUUGUAUGGAACAACGAAAGGAUUCACUGCUUGACAUCAGGAUGACCUGAUACUAGAGAAAAAUUUGAAUUAUCCGAUAUACGAGUAAAUGGAAUACUGGAACAUAUUUUAGAUCAAAUGUUUCACCCAGAAAGAAUUCUUGAUUUUCGUUUGCUUCUAUGCAGUCUUGCUGACUCUUUUCAAUGCAGUGCCUGUAUUAUUAAAAAUCUGAUGUGUACACCA